UAAAUACACUUUUGAUUUCAUUUCAUAUUGAUAAAGCAGUGAACCAUGACUCUUCUUCCUUCCUCAUGCUCUCUCUGCAACAACCUCUUCAAGCCGGCCUAAACCCCAUUUCCUAAUUCUGAUUUCUCUUAGCUCCUUGCUUCAAACGCUUCCUCUUGGAUCAUCUGAUAUUGAAUUUCAACUCUCAAAUUUGAAAAAAAAUUGAUCUUUGUGAAUUUGAUCCAUCUGGGCACCGACAGAUUUUGAUCUUACUCUGUGCCUGGAUCACUUCAAAGCUGUAAUCUUUUCGAGUUUUGGUGAGGUGGGUCGAUCCGAUUCUGGUAUAAUAUUGCUGGGUUUGAUCUGAAAUUUUGAAUUGUGGAUUCGAGAUUCUGGUUUUGUGUUUCUGUUGUGUAUUGAAAUGGUAUAUUUCCAUAGCUCAAUCUCUCUCUGCAAGUCUGUUGAUCAACCACCAGCUCCUGCUAUGGCUAAUUCGAUUUGUUCUUCGGAUUUCGGUUCGAAAUCGAGGCAAAGCAAUAGCCUUCAGAGGAAUCGGAGGGGUCCUAGUUCAUCGAAUUCGCUUCAGAUUCCACCCUGUGAUCGAUCUCGAUCGGCUAUGGUGGAUGUGGUGAUGUUCAUUGCUGUUGUUUGUGCUUGUGGCUUUCUGUUCUUCCCUUACAUCGAGUUUUUGAUCACUAAAUCUAUUCAGAUUGGGAGGGUGGUUCUGUUUUUGGUGAAGGAAGAGGUGGCGGUUGCGCCUUCGAUCUAUAUCGCUAUAGGACUCAGUGUUUUGUGUGCAGCAUUGGCUACGUGGGGUGUUGUGGCGUGCACCACUAGGAAGUGUGGGAAUCCUAAUUGUAAGGGUCUGAAGAAAGCUGCUGAGUUUGAUAUUCAGUUGGAGACUGAGGAUUGUGUGAAGAAUUCUCCUUCUUUGAGCAAAGAUGGUGGUGAUGUUAAGAAGGGUCUCUUUGAACUGCCUCGUGAUCAUCAUAGGGAACUUGAAGCUGAGCUGAAGAAGAUGGCGCCGCCUAAUGGAAGAGCUGUGCUUAUUCUCCGAGCAAGGUGUGGCUGUUCUGUUGGUAGGUUAGAAGUACCGGGACAUAAGAAGCCUGUUGGUAGGAUAGAAGUCCUGGGACCGAAGAAGCAUCGAAAGGUCAAGAAGUAGGGAACAUGGAGAUUGCAACAAUGAACAAUCCUUUUGAUUUAUAGGAAGGAAGGAUCAUUGAUUGAAUCAAUACAGAAUAUGUGCUUUGUCCUUUUGGCAGAGGAGUGGUUUCUCUGAUCAUAUGGUAUCAUUCCAUUAGGAUCUAGAAUGGAUGUCUUUAAAUAAGCCCCUUGGCAAUAAGUUGUAAGGAACUAUGUGUCAUACACAGACAGUUACUUGGUUAUACCCCGCGAAUAUAAGAAACUUUUAUAUUUGAAUUUA